CCGGCUGCCGUCGCCGGUUCAGGCUGCACCAGUGAACGACCGACAGCAGCUCGUUCCUCCACUUCACCGGUACCAGAUAUAGUCAUCUAUCUCUCUCUCUCCGGCUCUAGUAGUCUCCAGUAGUCUCUAGUAGUCUCUAGUAGUCUCUAGUAGUCUCCAGUAGUCUCCAGUAGUCUCUAGUAGUCUCUAGUAGUCUCUAGUAGUCUCCAGUAGUCUCUAGUAGUCUCUAGUAGUCUCUAAGAUGGCCAACGUGCAGCUGGAGUUUAAGGCUUCAGCCGGAGACUCUGAGCCUCAGACUCGACCUGUCCUCAUCAUCGGUCAGCAGAGCAACCUGACGAGACUCGACUGGAGCAGAGUGAAGGGGAAGCUACAGCCGGCUGUUAGCAAAGAGCUCUGGCAGGCGGCUCUCAGCGCUUUGAACCCAAGCCCCACGGACAGCUGCCCUCUGUACCUCAACCAUGCCGCGGUGGCUGCCAUUCCUUCACGGGUCAGCAGGCACAACAGCCAGUCUUCUGCCCACUUUGUGUCCCGGCUGGUCCGUUCCUGCCUGCCUGGAGGGAACAACCGCUGCAUUGUGAUGGUGUGUGAGCGUUCAGAAGUGUUUGCGUCCUCCUGUGCCAUUGCCAGGGCCUUCCCCAUCUUCUCUCGCCGCUCUUCAUCUUCACGCAGAGCUGACAAGAAACAUGUCACUGUGGAGAUUUUGAUUGUCGGGCCAGAGAACAGUCCUCUGGAUGUCGCAGAACUUGAGUGUCUCUCCAAUGCUGCUCAUGGAGUGCGGAUGGCAGCUCGGAUCGUGGACACACCAUGUAAUGAGAUGAAUACAGAUCACUUCUUAGAUGAGAUCAAGGCUGUGGGAACUGAACUUGGAAUAACUCCAGUGAUCAUUCGUGGAGAGGAGCUGAAACAAAAAGGAUUUGGAGGUAUUUAUGGAGUUGGCAAGGCGGCAGAGCAUCCCCCUGCAUUAGCAGUCCUGAGCCACAAGCCAGAUGGUGCAACCCAAACCAUUGCAUGGGUGGGCAAGGGCAUCGUAUAUGACACUGGAGGACUCAGUAUCAAGGGAAAGACCACAAUGCCAGGGAUGAAGAGAGACUGUGGUGGAGCUGCUGCCAUUUUGGGAGCUUUCAGAGCUACUAUUAAACAGGGCUUUAAGGAUAACCUCCAUGCAGUGUUUUGCCUCGCAGAGAAUUCAGUUGGACCCGCAGCCACACGACCUGAUGAUAUCCACACUCUCUACUCUGGAAAGACAGUGGAGAUCAAUAACACUGAUGCAGAGGGCAGGCUGGUGCUGGCUGAUGGAGUGGUGUACGCCAGCAAAGACCUCUCAGCUGAUAUUAUUCUGGACAUGGCCACACUGACGGGGGCACAGGGGAUCUCCACAGGGAAGUACCAUGCAGCUGUGAUGACUAACAGUGAGCAGUGGGAGGUUGCAUGUGUGCGCGCCGGGCGCAGCAGCGGAGAUCUUGCUCACCCUUUGGUCUACUGUCCCGAACUGCACUUCAGCGAGUUCACCUCUGCCAUGGCUGACAUGAAGAACUCUGUGGCAGACCGUGAGAACGCCCAGAGCUCCUGUGCCGGCCUCUUUAUUGGUAACCACUUGGGCUUUGACUGGCCUGGUGUCUGGGUCCAUGUUGAUAUCGCCUCUCCUGUCCAUGCUGGAGAGCGUGCCACAGGAUUUGGCGUUGCUUUGCUAAUGGCCCUGUUUGGUCAGGCAUCAGACGACUCCAUGCUGAAACAAGUGUCUCCUCUGGGUGCAGCCACCAACAUGUGUGGUGACCAGAUGGAGCGUGACUGCAAGAGACGAAGACUGGUGUAGAACACACAACGGUUUACUUCCCAAACCCUGACCGCUGCGCUGCCACCACACACCCAAACCGCUGAAGAAGCAGAAGAAGUGCCCAUCCAGUUAGUUAAAACAUUUUAAAUUGUGAUUCACGUUCCUGUGUUUGAUCAAAUGUCACUGAAUAAAUCGGUUAAUCAUCAGUAAA